AUGAAAAAUGUUCAAUUAUUCUCGAAAAAAAAUGAAGAAGACGUUGUUGGAAGAAAUCAAACAAAUCAACCUAAAAAAAAGACUGAAGGAAAACCAGAAGUUUAUACCAACAAAAAUGCUGCUCCAAAAAUAGCAAAUCCUGCUCCUCUUGUUCAUAAUGCUGGUUCUCCCACGAUUGUUAUUCCUAACAUUGUGGUUGGUUUAGCCUUAUUCUAUGGUGGUCUUGUACAACUUUUAGCCGGAAUGUGGGAAUUUAAAACUGGUAAUACCUUUGGUGCCACCGCUUUCUCAUCUUACGGUGGUUUUUGGUUAUCGUUCGGCGUGAUUUUCAUUCCUGGUUUCAAUAUUGCCGGUGCUUACGGUGAUAAUAAAGGACAAUUUGAAACUGCAGCACUUGGUAAAUUCACUAACGAAACUGUAUCAAAAACUGGCGGUGUAUUCGGUAUAAUUACUGCUUUCAUUGCUUGGUAUUGUGCUCUGGCUGGUCUUUUAACACCUGAAAAUUCUUACUUCACUUUACCUGUCGUUGAUUUAAGUCGUAAAAAUUAUUAA